GAAGAAGAGCUCUAUCUGUUCUUAUCCGAAAAGACUACAGAGUAUAGAUCUUUCUUUCUCGCCAUGGAUCCUUCCAAGUAUCGCCCAUCAAGUGCUUUUGAUUCCCCUUUCUGGACAACAAAUUCUGGUGCACCUGUUUGGAACAAUAACUCAUCUCUGACUGUUGGAACUAGAGGUCCUAUUCUUCUUGAGGACUACCAUUUGGUGGAAAAGCUUGCAAAUUUUGAUAGGGAACGUAUCCCAGAACGUGUUGUUCAUGCCAGGGGAGCUAGUGCCAAGGGCUUUUUUGAGGUCACCCAUGAUAUUACUCACCUGACAUGUGCUGAUUUUCUUCGUGCACCUGGAGUCCAGACCCCAGUGAUUGUUCGGUUCUCUACUGUUAUCGGUGAACGUGGCACCCCUGAAACCCUGAGGGACCCACGAGGUUUUGCUGUGAAGUUUUACACCAGAGAGGGUAAUUAUGAUCUAGUUGGAAACAAUUUACCAGUGUUCUUUGUACGUGAUGGAAUGAAGUUCCCUGACAUGAUCCAUUCCCUCAAACCCAACCCUAAGACUCACAUCCAGGAGAAUUGGAGGUUCCUGGACUUCUUCUCUCACAUCCCAGAAAGCUUGCACAUGUUCAGCUUUCUCUUUGAUGAUCUUGGUAUUCCACAGGAUUACAGACAUAUGGAAGGUUCUAGUGUCAACACUUAUACUCUCAUCAACAAGGCUGGGAAAGUGAAUUAUGUAAAAUUUCACUGGAGACCCACUUGUGGGGUCAAGUGCUUGUUGGAUGAUGAGGCUGUAAUGGUUGGAGGAACUAAUCACAGUCAUGCCACCAAGGAUCUCUAUGAUUCAAUCCAGGCUGGUAACUACCCUGAGUGGAAGCUUUACAUCCAGACAAUAGAUCCAGAUUACGAGGAUAAAUUUGAUUUUGACCCACUUGAUGUGACGAAGACGUGGCCGGAGGACAUCCUGCCCCUUCAACCAGUAGGUCGCUUGGUCUUGAACAAGAACAUUGAUAACUUCUUUGCGGAGAAUGAACAGCUUGCUUUCUGCCCUUCAAUCGUGGUACCUGGUAUAUACUAUUCAGAUGAUAAGAUGCUCCAGACACGUAUCUUCUCCUAUUCGGAUACACAGAGGUACCGCCUUGGGGCAAACUAUCUGAUGCUUCCACCAAAUGCUCCUAAGUGUGCACAUCAUAACAACCACCAUGACGGUUUCAUGAAUUUUAUGCACAGGGAUGAGGAGGUCAAUUACUUCCCUUCAAGGUAUGAUCCUGUUCGUCAUGCUGAGAGGUACCCCACCCCAUCUGCUAUAUUGCCUGAGAGACGCAGUAGGGCUGUAAUAGAGAAGGAGAACAAUUUCAAGCAGCCUGGAGAGAGAUACCGAUCCUUUGAUCCAGCCAGGCAAGAGCGUUUUGUUUGUCGAUGGGUGGAUGCAUUAUCUGACCCAAGGGUCACCUACGAGAUCCGCAGUAUCUGGAUCUCAUACUGGUCUCAGGCUGACAAAUCUCUGGGUCAGAAGCUUGCAUCUCGCCUCAACGUGAAGCCAAGCAUGUGAAGGAUUGGUACAUAGAUAUGGGAAGUUUAAAGAGUUGCAGGGAAGGGACAAAGAUGAUAGUAUAUAGAAAGAUGUCAAGGGUGUCUUGAAUAGAGACUUGAUGUUAAUUCUUUAAUUAACAUGUUAUGAUAUAUUAAGAUCAUCAUCUCAUAUGUCUUGAGACUAUGUUGUCCAAGUGAUGGUUUAUGUAAUAAGGAGCUCUAUAUAUAUAUGAUUGUGCAGUUUAAAAAUGCAGAAUUUUGAUU